UGAAAUUUGCAGAGACAGUAACACAGGAUAUUGAUAUGUUCAGAUAUCUCAUACAGAGGCUACCAAAUGGGAUGAAUUUCACUUACUUAAAAACAUCUAUUGAUAGACGUACCGGAAACACAGUCAUUCAUCUGGAGUGCCCAUGUAGAAAUGAUGCUAAACAUCUGGAGGAAGAAUUAGAAAAAAGUAAUGAUGAGUGUGAAACGAAAGUCUGCUGUUUUUACUCGUUUGAAGAAGCUUGUGACCUGACAAUGUCAACGAAAGAGAAAAACGUCAUACUUCUAGAGAAAUGCGUUGAAGAUAUUGUAAACAGGACAAAAUCCUCUUUGGAAAACCACCAAGUAAAGAUAGAGGAGUUAAAAGAAAAGUUAGAACAACUUCAGAAGUCAAAGGGGAAAUAUUUGUCGUUGGAAAAUUUUGCAGUUGUUGAUCAACAGCGGAACGCAUUAGAAGAUAAACUGAAAGAGCUUCAGCUUCAAAAAUUGGAAUUUCAAAAUUUCAUCGCUACAGUUCAUCACAAAUUAGUUGGACUUCAAGACUCUCCUUUAUGUGAAAAACCAGCUGUUGAAAUUAUGAAAGCAUUUGGUGUAGAAUGCAACAGACUGGAAAAGGCCUUACCAAUGUAUGCAAGAAGGUCAGAUAUACUUGAUGUUGUGAUGAAAAACCAAGUAUCGGUUAUCAUCGGAGAAACAGGAUCAGGAAAAAGUACGCAGAUGGCUCAGUACCUUUACCAAAGUGGAUACGGCAACAAAGGGAUGAUUGCAUGCACUCAACCGCGUAAAAUAGCCGCCGUUAGUGUUGCUACACACGUUGCUAGCGAAAUGGGCACAGAGGUAGGAGAUGUUAUUGGGUAUAAGGUUGGAAUGAAAGAGAAGAAGACAGCACUCACAAAAAUCAUGUUUAUGACUGAUCAUGUUCUUUUGAGAGAAUGUCUCAAGGAUAGAAACCUUUCUUCAUUUUCUUGUAUCAUCAUAGAUGAAGCUCACGAAAGAAGCAUAUUCACAGAUCUGCUACUUGGUAUGAUCAAAAGCUGCCUAGAGGUACGUACCGAUCUGCGGGUUGUGGUCACAUCUGCUACCAUUGAUCCAGAGGUCUUCGUCCGGUACUUUGGCCACUGCCCAGUACUAUCUGUGUCGGGAAGGAUGUUUCCUGUAGAUAUCGUAUGGCAAGUACUCGAUAGCGGUAAAGAGUCUUUUGCAAACUACAUAGAAGAUUGUGUCUCGAAAGCAAUUGAUGUGCACCAUAACCAACCUGAAGGGGAUAUCCUUGUGUUUGUUACCUCUCCACUAGAGACAGAAACUUGUUGUGAAAAGUUUAUAGGUUACACAGAAGGCGAAAAUCAAAAUUAUGUUUGCUUGCAACUGCACGGGAAACUUCAAGCCGAGGAACAGAGAAAAGUGUUUGAUACUAUUCUUGACAAGCGCAAAAUUGUUUUUGCUACCAACAGUGCUGAGACAUCAGUAACUAUACCCGGUAUCCGAUAUGUAAUCGACACUGGCUUAGUCAAGGAAAUGAGUUACGAUCCGAAACGGAAAAUGAAUACAUUGGCCGUAACAACAGUGACACAAAGUUCAGCCAAUCAGAGAAAAGGUCGUGCAGGGCGACUUGGACCUGGAAUAUGUUACCGACUUUACACAGAAGACGAUUAUAGCAAAAUGAAAACGAACAUGGUUCCAGAAAUACUAAGAGUCAAUCUUGGACAGGCAAUGUUAAAGCUUUUAGAGCUUGAUAUCAAUCCACUGGAAUUCGAUUUUGUUAUGGCACCGCCAAAAGAAAUUAUGGAAAGUACAGUGAUUGAGUUGGAAGGUCUUGGAGCUGUAUAUGAGAGAAAAAUUACUGAUCUUGGAAAAUGGAUUGCAAAGUUGCCUUUCGAUCCCAAAUUUGGUGUCUUUAUCCAUGAUGCAUUAGCCCUAGGUGCUGGUCUUGAAGGUAUAGUUAUAUCUGCAGCUUGUAGCGGAGGUCCUGUUUUCUUCCGAGCAGGAACUAUUGAAGAAAAAGAGCAAGCUGAUCGAAAAAAAAUCCCAUUUUGUCAUCAAAACGGAGACUUGAUGACAAUGCUGAAUGUAUUUAGAGAAUGGUUUCGUCAACCUAAACAUACUAGAGGACCGUGGUGUUUUGAUCAGUCAAUAAAUGGCAAGGCAAUGAAAGGAAUCAAAGACACGGUCAAAGAUGUACUGAUGACACUUCAGAAAGAAAUGCAAACUGUGGUGCCAUUUCGAUUUGAAGACUCGGAGAAGAUCGAUACCAUGCUUAUCAAGCCUAUCCUGAAAAUAUUCAGUGGAAAUAUUAGCCACUAUCUUGGUCAUCCAAAGGCAGGUUAUGUGAUGAUUAACAAAGAUCAGCGGGUAGAAGUACAUCCAUCAUCAUCUUUGAUGUCGCUGGCCUGUCAGCCAGAGUGGCUUGUCUUUGACCAAGUCAUGAAAACGUCAAGGGACUUUGCGAUGAAUAUUACGCCAGUCAGUGAGGAAAUGCUGAUCAGUUGUAUUGAGAAAGGAUCACUGAAUGUGGACAUAGAAGAAGCCAGAGGUAAACGUAUUUUGCCAUUAUGUACAUCAUACGUGGGUUCGAAAAUUUUCAGAGAAGUUGUUGGACCUCGAUAUACAGCUCUCCGGACGUUUGAAGGAGAAUUGGUUAAACAAUGCAAGGGAUCUGUCGUCGUGGUUGAAGCUGACCGUGAGAACGGCGAGCUUAAGUUAUUUUCAAACUUAUCAAAUCACAAAACAAAGAAAGGUUCCCUGGACAAUAUGCUGAAACCUAUCAAAGGUAACCUACUUGCUGAGGAAAAGGAAGAAAAACUCGGUGUGAAAUCAGAUGACCGGUCUGUAAGGGCAGUAUUAGGAGCAGGAGGCGUUGUCAAAACUUUGUAUAUGCCUGAUGAAUACAAGGUGGUGCUGAUUCACUGCGUUGUCAACAAGACACAAGAAUUGGAAUAUGAUGAUAUAUUUCAACGCUUCAGCGAAUUUGGAAAGAUCGAGAAGUGUAUAAAGUAUAACUUUAAGAAGAGUGCACCGUCGCUUUGGGGUAAGGUGAUAUAUCAGAAACCAGAGGAUGCUCUACAAGCAGUUACGAUGACCAAAGGAAAUCCUGAUCUUUCCGCUCAACCAGAUAUGCGGAUUAUCAGUGAGCAAUCAGAGAAAUUCAAAAUCCGGAUACAAUGGUGUCGUAGACAAUCACGAGGAUUUGGUUUCGUCACAUUUAAUAGUGUUAUAGAUGCCGACAAUGCCGUUCGGACUGGCGUAGUUUUGGUAGGCGGUUCUUUAGCAAACAUCAAACCUUCAAAAUCGAAAGGAGCCCGCCAAGCCACAGAAGGACAGAUCUACGUAUCCGGACUUAAUGAAAUGGUGAAUGAGGAUGUGCUGAGGGAAAGUUUUACCAAACAUUUUAAUUUAAAUUCCGUCACUGGCAUAACAAAAGUGCAGGUUAUAAGGCAGAAAGUCGGCCUUGAAAAUCAAGAAAAUAUGGAUAUAAUGAAACGACGACUUCAUGUAGAAAUAGAAAACUACGUCAAACAAGGUACAUACAAACUGGAACUGAGACCAAACCAACGAGAGACAGAGAUCAACUUCACUGCGUUUGUUACAUUUGAUAAGCCUGAAGACGGCCUUGUAGUGUGUGACAAAAUGGAUCACAAAUUCAGUUUAAACAAUCAAACUGUAUAUGCUAAGCCGGUUCUCCACUGUUCAUUAUACAUCCCGAAGAAAAUUUACGAAAAAAGCGGCGAAGUUGUAGACGAAUGUAUUAGAGAGCAGGAAAAGAUUGGAGUUCGAAUGAAAAAAAAACAACUCCAAAAUGAAAAUGUUGUUGUUGAAAUAAAUACGGAUGACGUUGAAAUACUUGUUCGAGCAAGACGAGCUUUCCAAGAUAUUAUCAAAGGGGAAGUAAUCGAAAGUGUUGAUUCAGUCGCAAUGAAGUCUUUAUUCAUGGGGGAAGGCAGAGCCAAGAUACAGCAGAUCAUGAAUCAAACAGAAACACUCAUCCUCACGGACAAUAGGGUGAUGUCAGUCUCAAUCCACGGACCCCAACAAAACAGACAAAGGGCAAAGCAGAAAAUAGAUGAAUAUCUUGUGGAAGUAUCCGCCGGCAGUUCCGAGGUCCUAGACUUGAAAGGCGAAGGAAAACCUCCUGGUGUUUUGAAGGCAAUUUUCUUGACAUAUUCAUUUGAUUUCUCUAAACUAUGUCAAGAAACGGGACUUGUCUCUGUUAGAUUGGAUCAAAGACGUCAUCGCUUGAUGCUGUUCGGGUCAGACGGUGCAGUACGAGCGGCUAAGGAACGCAUUACAGACGUUAUGCAGAGCCUUUCUCCGGCUGGUUUGAAAACAGAGGAAAAUGUGCCGGAAUGCACCACAUGCUUUUGUCCUGUUGAGCGAAAGGAUUUGUACCGUGUUGAAUGCUGUGGUCACCCUUACUGCAAGGGAUGUAUCAAGGUACAAGUACAAACGUCCAUCACUAGCAGGGAAUUCCCAUUAAAGUGUGAAAUGGAAAACUGCAAUACUCCAUUCACAUGGCAAGACCUUAUAAAUCUGUCUAGGUUGGGUUACAUCAAAAUUUCUGAAUUAACUGAUUCGUCAGUCGGUAGAUUUGUCCAGGAAAACAAGAUGCAGUAUCAUUAUUGCGUAACGCCUGACUGUCCAGUUGUCUACAGAAUAACGAGAAAUGGAAAGUCAUUUUCUUGUCCUGAAUGCCACAUCAAGGUAUGUACAAGCUGCCAUGUACAGUUCCAUGAUGGUAUCACAUGUGCCAUUUUCAAAGCAGAGGGAAGCGAGGACCCCGCCAUGGCAAGAUGGUUCUCCGAAAACAACGCGAAUCGAAAAAGAUGUCCAAACUGUACCAUGCCAAUAGAAAAGAACGGUGGAUGCAACCAUCUGACCUGUUUGUCUUGUAAAAAACAUAUUUGUUGGUUGUGUUUGCAAUAUUUCGACGAGAGUGGCGCAUGCUAUGGACAUCUUGAUAAAGCACACGGUAGCUUUGUUUGAAGUAGAUACUUUGAAUUCUUUGAUGUCACCAUUACAUGGCUGCAAUAAAGAACAUUGCCAUCAAAAGAGGAAAUAACAGUGUGUUAGCAAGAAUUGACGGAUUAGUUGAUUGUAACGGUUAAUGAUACACACUUACGUUGGAAACGACGUAAUUGGAAAGUCGGUGCAAUUACGAGUUAAAUUGUCUUUCUGGCAAUUCUAUAUAAUUCCUUAUGAUAUCUUUAUAUUUCAGUUUGUUCAACACAACAAAGAUCAUAGUUGUGCACUAUACACUUUAAGAAUGACCCUAUUGAUAUUUUAUUCCUCGUCAUAAUACAUAUUUUGGCCUUUGAAAAAUGUUACUGCUUUUUCUGAAGAACCGAACGUGAUCCUUUUGAAAUGUGUGGGUGACCUUCUCCCCAUACCACAUUGGACCUUCAUGUAAACAUAAUAGAGUA